GUCAAUAUCUGAGCCAUACGCCAUCACCAUGCCGCGACGGCUACCCCCACCCUCCGGCCACAAGGUCUGGACAGAUCUUCUCCCAUCAGAGGGAUUGCGCGAUCAUGGACGACACAUCUACAUGUUUCGACAUGUGCGAACGAACCAAGUCGUUUAUUCGCUUCAUCCAAGAGUAAUUCAACGCACACUUGAUCAACUCCCUUUCAUUGGAAAGCACUCGAAACCUCCCUCCGUUCGCCCCGACCACUGGACCGCAUUAUGCCGCGUAGGACCAUUCCCAACGUCAAGGCAAGGAAUUGGCGCUCUCAAGAAAUUGCGAGAAUUCAGGAAAGUCCAUGAACUCAGCUGGGACAAGACCAAUCCGGAGUGGAAGAGGUCAACGAAGAAAGGGUUGAUCACAAAGAUCAUGGACCAGCGUGCAAAUUCAGUCGCAGAUUUGGCCAAGGUUCUUUCCAUGCAGGAAAUACAGGCAGAGUCAAUGGAGGAGAAAACAGCGAACAGAAAGACUCUGCAAGAAGCAUACCUGAAAAAGAAGUGGGCUGAACUGGAAGCCUUGGCCGCAUCGAUAGAGACAGGUGCGGUGAAGGAGCUCGAAAAGAAAAUUCGAGACUGCAAAUCGGUGCUGGGGGAGAAAAAGGUUGACGCACAGGAGGCUGCGCGAUUGAACAAGGCCAUGGCAGAGCACAGACACAAGUUGAAGGAGAUACUGUGGGCACAACACAUCAUCCGGCAGCUUGAGGAAACCGAGAAAACAUUGGACGCAUCCCAUGAAACGCGGAUCAAGCACAUUAAGUCCAGGAUAGAAUCAUUACGAUCUCAAGGAAGGAAUGACGAGGCAGACGCCAUUAAACUUCCCGAAAGGCCAGAGAACACCGUCCGAACACAAUUUUUGCCGAAGGCACUCAAGUCUCUCCCAACACCCUUUACAUUGAACGGUGUUGAGAUCCACUGGGCUGAUCUCCAGGACGCUGAAAGGGCUUCAGAAUGGCCCGAGGCAGUGCUCCACGAUACAUUAGCAGCUAUAGUCAAGAAGCGUAAGGACGGCUUCGUCACAGUAGAAGAGGCCAAGGACCAGCUACGGGAGAUCGAAGAGGAGCGUAUCAGAGCGGCGAAGAAGCUUCUAGGAAUCGCCGCGCCAGAGGUGGACGAAGCGCCCAAAGAAGCGGCUAAGACUGGCGUGUGGAAAUACAUCCCUGAAAUCAAGAAUCCUUUCAAGCGGGCGACGGCCUAAGCCGUGUACAAAGUGCCGUAAGUAGUGUUUUGAUCGUAAAAGAUGUACUAUACUAGGAAAUGUCUGUACAAUAGAAUAUCUGUGCAACAUGUUUGCCUUUUCGAUCCGCGCCAUAUUCUUCUUUUACACCAAUAUUUGUAUUCCAACCAGUGGCCUAUCGCACGAACUCCAUGAGCAAGACGUAAUGUUUUUGAACGCUGCAUAGAUCAAUCUGGUGCAAAGUCCG